AUGCUGGUGGUGCACUUCUCAACACACCCUCAAUCACCACAAUGCAGCGAGUACGUGGGCAACUACAUGAGUCAAGACAAGUACUUUGCGGACGCCGCGGCGUAUCGUCUGGCUGAGCAUACGCUGUUACAAAAGGCGGGUGAGAGUGUGGUGAUCUUCUCCGAUGUCGUGACCAAGAUCAACAAAUACUACAAACCAAAGGAUGUGGCCUUGAUGGUGACAUCGGAACACUUCUACAAGUACGACCACAAGAAGUACAAACAGAUCAAAAAGCCCAUCCCCGUCGCAUCGAUAAAGAGCGUUUCGCUAUCACCGCACGAGGACACCUUCGUGAUAGUACACAUGACGCCACCUGAGCGAGACCUGUUGUUGAAUCUGAGUGUGGACGGUAACAACAAAGUAGCCGAGUUUGUAACCAUGCUGCAGCAGAUCUACACGGUUCUGCAUGGUAAAGCGCUUCCGGUUGAGUUUGUCCAGACGGUGACACUCAACUUGUCUCGCGAUGCCAAGAAAGAAGGCACGCCAAUGAAUCUGACCUAUCAGAGAGACCCAGAGCCACACGCCAGCGGUGUUUCCAGGUUUGUCGCCCUCAAGAAACCCAAUGCCGCCAUCUACUACACACCCUGAGGACCGCUAAAACGGGUCCGAAAGCUUUGAUGUACUAGUUAUUUGGUCCGAAAGCUUUGAAGUAUUAUUUAAUCUGGAUGAAGCAAUGAAGAGGUGCAGUUCUAGUCAGCUCCACACAUUUGAAGCUGACUUUUAGAUAGCUUUGUUGUGGAGAGCCCUCUAGGUACAUGCGAUCUGGUAGCACACCUAGAUUGCCCAUUGUGAUCAUCGCGGUUUUCUUUCAUAGAAAUGAAACACGAUCGGAUGCCCUAUGUCAUUGAUCCUUUAUUUUUGGGUCGGGAAACGCGAUUUGGGUUACAAAUUUUUUUUAAACAAAUAUCUAAAUAAGUCUCGUACGAUUAAUUAUUUCAUUCAGCCCUGAUAAGAUUUAUUAUGGAACCCCGUGGGCAGAACUGGUAGGUAUCUCUGUCUAUGAUCGUACAUACCCAAAAUUGGAUACGUGUUGUACAACCAUUAAAGAAAAGCCGAU